UUCGAUAACGAAAGUGAAGAAAAUGAAAGUGAUGGAAAUGAUAGUGUAAACAAGGCAACAUGGUCGAAAAUUACAACACCAGUCACAAUUUCUGAUUUUACUGAAAACACUGGUCCACAACACAAUUUACCUCCUGAUGCUCAACCACUGGAUUAUCUAUUUUUAUUUUUGCCUGAAAGUUUUUUUGAAAAUGUUGCGGAGCAAACGAACAAAUAUGCGCAACAUUUAAUUUCUGUUCGUGGAAGAAGCGAUCCACUAUGGCAGCCAACUAAUACUGCGGAAAUGAGAGCAUUUUUUAUGAUUAACAUUAUGUUUGGAGUUAAACAGCUUCCUCGACUGUGGAACUAUUGGGGUCCCGAUAUAAGGUAUGGCGACUCAUAUAUUUCGAGCAUCAUGUCGAAGACGAGGUAUUCGAAAAUAUCUCAGUAUUUACAUUUAACUGAUUCUUCCAAUGCCCCCAACAAAAACGACCCAAACUACGAUCCCCUGUACAAAGUACGUACCGUGAUAGAUUUACUUGUAAAUAAUUAUAAAACUAUUUAUUUACCUGGAAAAAAUCUCAGUGUAGAUGAAGCCAUGAUAGGAUUUAAGGGCAGAGUACAUUUUCGGCAGUACAUGCCUGCCAAACCUACUAAAUGGGGGAUCAAGGUAUGGGAAGUUUGUGAAUCGGAGACAGGAUACUGUGUAAACUUCGAUGUUUACACAGGUAAGAAGUAUAAUGGGAAAAGACCGCAUGGAUUGGGACAUGAUGUUGUAUGGUCCCCUUACACAACCUUUUCACCAUCAGCACCGACACCUCUAUUUUGAUCGUUUUUUUUCUUCAGUGGCUUUGGCUGAAAAUCUUGCCCGUAAGCACUUACAUGUGCAGCACUGUUAUGGGAAACCGUAAAAGUUUACCCGAUGAAAUAAAAACCAAAUUAAAAAAAAGAGGGGACAUUUUGCAAAUGCAAAAACAAAAUUUAUUAGUUACUGCAUUUAAAGACAAAAGACAGAUUUUAUUUCUGUCUUCUAACGAACAACCUGGUGUUGGGGCUGAGGAGAAACCCCUCGUGAAUAUUUGUUACAACAAAUAUAUGGGUGGGGUAGACAAAUCCGACCAAUAUUGGGCAUAUUACCUAGUUGGUCGACCUGGGAAGAAAUGGUGGAGGUACAUUUUGUGGUUUUUAGUUAAUUUAACUAUAGUAAAUGCACACAUUGUAUACGUAAAAAGCCACAAAGUACCUCCGCCACCGAAAGAUUACGACCACUUGAAAUUUCGGGUUGACAUUGCAUCUCAGUUACGUGGGGGCUUUUCUUCUAGAAAGCACAGAACUGGGAGAAGAGCAAAAUUAACUGAGGUGGAUGUCAACAGAGAAAAUAUUGACUUUCAUCAAGUGGAAAAAAUAAAUGGAAGGAAAAAAGUUUGCAGACUGUGUUCGCAGCAAAAAAGAAAAGCUGCGAAAGGGUACCAGAUCGAGGCUUCAUACAUGUGUUCGUUUUGCCAAGUGCCCUUGUGUAAAGGGUGCUUUGGACAAUUUCACUACAGAAAUAUGCCAUGAAUGUAUAAUUUUGCAUAUUCCUUUUAGUUUUAUAAUAUAAUAUGUGAAAGUGAGAACUACAUAUUAAUUUCCAGUAUGUUACACACCUGUAUUCACCUUUGUCUCACCUGUUAAUUUUUUUAUUAGAUGCAUUCUGUUAUGUGAAUGAAUUCGUUAAAUUGUAUAAGAGUGCAUAGCCAAUGGUAUAUUGACUAGUAAAAGAGUUUUGUACUUUCUUUUCAAUGAUGUAGCUAGUUAAAUCUAGAAUGGCCUGUAGAGUUGCCGAUUGCUUCAAAUCAGGAUCCAACAAACUGCUACUGGAGACAAAGAAGGAGAGACAGCAGCAUCUGUGCUGCCAGUUUACUCUAAUAUCUUGUUGGCUGAAGAAACCAAUUGAUCCACUGAACUGACCUCCAUCAUAGGGGUGAGGAUGGCAUUGUCCUCAGAUGAUACUUCAGUAAGUUCCCAUAUCCUACGAAGGAGUUGGGUUGGCAUCAGGUCGCAAAGUCCUAUGGAGAACUUCAUUCUUUAUGGAAAAAUAAGAUGCAUCUUAUUUUGUUUGGUAAAUAUUUCUGAAAGAAAUAUUUAAACGUUUGGGUCAUCAAUGUAACAGUAAAGCCAGUGGGACAUUACUAAUGUAGGUAAGGUCAAUGUGACAGUAAAGUUGCAAUGCAAAUGUCCAGUGCGUGUUCUUUUGUAAAGCAGGAGAAAUAAUAUCAGAAGGCAAUUUAAAUUAUGACAUUGUAAUUUAUUUGGUAACGAAGAAAUGCUAGCAAGUAAGCAAAAUAUGUGUCCUGUAUGUGUAUGUAUGUGAGUCAAGGAAGCCAGGUAAGUUACAUUCGAAAAGAAUAUCUUAGUGGUAAGUUGCAAUAAGCUAGCAGUUGGAAGCUAUUAUGUGUUAGCUGGGACAAGAAGUAAUCUCAUUGUUACAGGUAGUGAUGUGUUGUUAAGGACUGACAGUAACAUUACUUGCAAAGUGAAUUGGAUAUAAAUGCAAUAGGAUGUCCAUGGAGUGGUUGGUGUGGAUAGCUUAAAAUAAUCAGUAGUUUACUGUGCUAAGUUGAUGAAACAAACAAGCUGUUCAUAUUUAAGAAAUACUGUUAGACAUCAGCAUCUUUUCAAUGACUGACCAAGAAUAGCUGUUACUUGUGAUGAAAUUGUCUGAUAACUAACUAAAGGCAUGAUUACUGCUGGACAGAUGCCUACUGUUUGUAUUAAAUACAAGGCAAGCUCUGAUCAACUGAAGUUGCCAUAGCAUGACCGUGCUAAUAUGCGACGACAAAAUAGAACUUCCUUGACUAACUACAAACAUUAGGCCAUAUGUCUUCAUAAUUGAAUUACGCAUUGUAAAUGCUGCUUGUUUUCAGCUUAGUAGUUGUUAUUUAUGAUAGUUUCCAUCAUCAGAAGAACACUUGAGUUUUACAGUUGUACUGCAAAAGCUUUUAUUUUUCAUGUUUUA